AUGGCCAAACUCCAGGAUCAUUGGCUUGAGAUUAAAGAUGAACUUCUCAAGUUGCAAGGGGAAGCUUGGCCAGAAGUUCGUGGCCAUGAUAGAAGUCUUUCGAAGGGGACGGGUGUUUGGAGAGAGUUCCCACUGCUCGGCCUCGAUGUUGAUAGCAAGAGCUCUUGCCCUCACACAUGGCAUUUGCUUACACAGGUUGAACCUGUUUGGAGUCAUUGGCAGCUUUGCCCUAACGAAGAGACUGCUUUGUUUUCACGUUUGACCCCCGGAAUGCAUCUCAAGCCGCAUUGCGGACCGACAAACUUACAUCUCACCUGCCACUUGGGACUACAGGUCCCUCCUGGUUGCAGCAUACGCGUUGGCAAGGAAUGGCGUACAUGGCACGAGGGGCAGUGCUUGGUCUUCGAUGACUCCUACGAGCAUGAGGUGCGACACGAUGGCGAUUCCACUCGCAUUGUGCUUUUGGUACGCUUCUGGCAUCCCGAUGUGGAUCCCAAACAGAGUGGACGUUGUGCUCAAGCAACAGCUACUGCAGCAGCACUGGAACAGAAUGCUUCAGGGGUAGACCCGGAUGAUCCAGAUUUGGGAGACGAUAGGUAUGCCUUGAGGUUGCUUGAAGAUUUGUCCAGCAUGAUCCCGUGCCGUUUCAAUGACGCCAAAGACUGUGAGAACGUGGUGUCCUUCCGUUUCAGAGCCGACACUCCGGUAACUCCAGACAAGUCAAUGUGGCAAGAGAGUUCGCAGGCUUGGCUCCUGCAUGUGGAUGCCUUUGCAGGAUCAGCUUGUGGGCCAGUUGAUGACCAAUUGGAUGAUGAGCUUUUGAGGUUCACAAACGACGCGCAUUUCUUUGGCUUCCCACUGAAGGAAUCGAUCGGUGUUCGCGUGGUGCCCAGCAUUGGACCUAAUGUGCCGCGCAAGGCAACACUCAUUACAGUGGACUUUGAGUGCCGUUCUCCUCUUGUGGCAGAAGGUGAUUUGCUGCUUCGAGUUGAAGCACCACUUGGUAUAGAGUUUGAUCGGGGUUGCCUUGCAGCUCCCGAUCCAGAAUACUUGGGUUGCGCUGGUUUGGGCCGUGUGGCAGUGGCGCAGCGAAGAGAGGUCAGCUUGCAGCCUGGACAACACUCGUUGUCUUUGCGUGCCAUCAAUCCUGUCCGGACUGUUGCAAAGAAUUGGUGGACCUUGGGGGCGUUCGUUGAUGUCUCCAUAGAGAGAGCUCGUGCCGGCGCAGUGGAAGAUUUGAGGCAGCAAGGCCGCGGGGAUGGCUACCAGCUAGACCAGCAGCUGCAGGCAAGAGUUCGACCAAGUAGCCAACAAUCAGGAGGCCCAAUCAGCCUUUUCCUGUGGCUCAGGCCCAAGUUCGAGGUUGAGGCUGGCGGUCAUGUGGAACUUCACGCGGCGCAGGGCUUUGAGAUGUCCUGCCAGCCAGCCUUGGUGCUGCUGGCCGUGCCUCCAGGACGCUGCAAAGCCUACCAUGUCACCUCUGGAGUGGAGUACACCGACGACCAUGAUGUCAUCGACUUUGAGAUUAGUCAGGGCUACUCUUUGUUGCCGGAGCACGAAUACGAGCUGUCAGUUUCGUCCAGGAAUCCUUUCGUUCCUGGCUCAAGCCGCUGGGGGGUCCUCCUUCGUGAUGAACUGCGGCAAGUGCUUGAAGCAAACAUGGAGAUCGACUCCUACACACUCACUGAUUUCGGUUUCGAGCUCUUGUCGCUUCAGCCCAGUAUUUCAGCACCCAAUGCCAGUAAUGAGGUACGACUCCAGCUUCGCUUUCAGCGUCAACUUGUGCUGACCUCUAUCAGUGAGAUCCGGAUUGAAGCACCCAGUGCUUGGAACUUCGAGCCGCUUUGCAAUCGUUUCCAGGACAUUACUGGUGGGUGCGAGACACGCUGUUCCUUUCAGCUUCCUUACGCUGAGGAACGCGGGCAUCACCUUUGCGAGGCCAAUUUGUUGAUCCUGGUGUUGGACACCUCUGCAGUGAUUGACUCGACAAGCUUUACUCUGCUUUUCAGUGUUGUGAACCCGGCAUCAGCUCCAUCGCAGAAUCUUUGGAGUGUAUCGUUGGUCAAUGCCUUUGCUGAGCCCGUGGUAAAGCACACAGAGCUGCUGAUUCCUGGCUUUUUCAUCGGUUUCCGCCAAAAAAUCUUGCCAGCCUUGCCCAAUGGUUGA